UCGAUGCUACCACCGAAUCAAACUGUCUUUCGCGUUCUUAAGCUACGAUCCGUUGUGCGCACGUUGCCAUCGAAUUUGCUCACAGAGAAAUCGCAUAUAAACUAUUUUAAAUCAGCUAACAUGUUCAAAUACGUUGUCAUUGUCGCUUUGGCUUUGAUCGGUAGCGCCGCAGCUGCACCAGGAUACUUGAGUGGCGCGCAUGGUGGUGCUCUUUUGGGUGGCUCUCUUCUGGGUGGCCUCCACUCAGGACCGGCAAUUUCAUUGGCGCCAGCCGCUCCAGCCAUUUCAUAUGGUCAUGCUGCACUUGCUGCUCCAUCAAUUUCCUAUGCCGCUCCGGCCAUUACCAAGAUCGCUGCUGCUCCGGCCAUUUCAUAUGCUGCUCCGGCCAUUUCAUAUGCCGCUCCUGCCAUUUCGCAUGCUCCAGCCAUCUCGUACGCCGCUCCAGCAAUAACAAAAAUAGCGGCUGCACCCCUAAUCUCACACGCCUCGAUCGCUGCUCCAUCCUUGAGCUAUGGCUUAGGACAUGGUAUUGGCUUGGGUAGUGGUAUUGGCUUGGGUCAUGGUAUUGGCUUGGGUAAUGGUAUUGGUUUGGGUCAUGGUAUUGGUUUGGGUCAAGGCUGGUAAAUCUGCGCUGCUAACGAAUGGAAGAGAGGCGAGGGGAAAUGGAUUUCCUGUGUUACUGCAAAGAGUCGUUUUGUAAAUGUAAAUAUGUUAUGUAGAUCGUUGUAUUUUCUUCUUUUCUUAUUUUUAUGCUGAGAGACUCAUUGAAGUCGUUUGUAUAAAAGUUUCUGCCGCUGAAAAUAAACAAAAAAAUAUUAAAAUGCCUAGU